GCGCCGGACGGAGGAGAGGACCCCGUCGCGACCUCAUCCUCUCGGGUCGUUGAGCCAGAGCCGACCGAGUAGCCAUGGCCCUGAGGCUUCUGAGGCUGGUCCCGGCGCCCACGUCCGCGCGGGUCCUGGCGGCGGGCGCCCAGCGCGUGGUGAGGGUGCGGCGGUGUGAGGGCGGAAGAAUCCACACCAGUGUACGGUGUGAGCUGCGCUAUGGACCUUUGGCGUACCUGCUUGGUGAAAGAAUAACCAAAAAACUGACAAAAAACAGCAAAGUGAUAACUGUGGAUGGCAACAUAUGUUCUGGGAAAGGCAGGCUUGCAAAAGAGAUAGCGGAGAAGCUGGACAUGAAGCACUUCCCUGAAGCGGGGAUACAUUAUGCAGACAGCACUACAGGAGAUGGAAAACCCCUUGAUGUGCAGUUCAGUGGGAACUGUAGUUUGGAGAAAUUUUAUGAUGAUCCAAAAAGUAAUGAUGGCAACAGUUACCGCCUGCAGUCCUGGCUGUAUGCCAGCCGCCUCCUACAGUAUGCGGACGCCCUGGAGCAUUUGCUCAGCACAGGACAAGGGGUGGUGUUGGAGCGUUCCAUCUUCAGCGACUUUGUCUUCCUGGAGGCCAUGUACAAGCAGGGAUUCAUCCGGAAGCAGUGUGUGGACCACUACAACGAGGUGAAGAACGUGACCAUCUGCGAGUACCUGCCUCCCCACUUGGUGAUCUACAUCGACAUGCCCGUCCCAGAGAUCCAGAGCCGGAUUCAGAAGAAGGGAGACCCACAUGAGAUGAAGGUCACCUCUGCCUACCUUCAGGACAUUGAGAAUGCCUAUAAGAAAACCUUCCUCCCUGAGAUGAGUGAGAAGUGUGAGGUGCUGCAGUACAGCCCCAGGGAGGCUCAAGAUCCAUCCAAGGUGGUGGAGGAUAUCGAGUAUCUCAAGUACGACAAAGGGCCGUGGCUGGACCAGGACGAUCGCACUUUUUACCACCUGCGGAUGCUGGUUCAGGAUAAGUUGAAGGUGCUGAAUUUUACAACCAUUCCUGUCUAUCUCCCAGAAAUCACGAUUGGCGCUCACCAGAGUGACCGAGUCUUCCGGGAAUUCCAUGAGCUGCCGGGCCGCAAGUACCGACCUGGGUACAAUGCCGAUGUGGGUGACAAGUGGAUCUGGCUGAAGUGAGCAGGCUGCCCUCGCCCAGCUGCAGCAUAGUGACCAAGAAGUUCUGGCCUGCCUGCUCUCAGGGACUCCACAUGGCUCUAAACAGGGGAGUAAAUGAUCUGAAACUGCGCAGUAGAAGAGACACCUGGCCAGGUGUGCCUGCUGUAGUAUAGUAAUAGAGUUGGAAGAAAUGACUUCCAUUUAAAAGGUUUUGGAAGCAUCUAGCUUUAUUUUGUAAUGACCCGUAAUUAUCACUGGG